ACUCCAAUUUACUGGACGACUCUGUUUGGGAGGCUCAGGUAACUUAUUGUGAAAAACCUAUAGGCUUCGAAAUUUUAAGUACCUUUAUCCAAUUUAACUUAAUGUCAAGCUAAAACUGUAUUUAAGAGGCCUAACAUGGUGAUGUCAGAUCAAAAUUAUUCACAAUGGCCCUUCGAUGUGUUGCAUGCGAGAAGAAUGUCUGAAAAAAUCAAGCUGCUAUAUCAUGUGACAACUGUGACCAAUGGACCCAUCGUACAUAUGUGUGUACCUGACUUUCUGUGGCCUGUUAUUGAGACAUAGAGGAAAUGAGAUCUGCAGUUUCUUCAUAUACGACCACAAUGUGCUGAAACGGGAAGAGGAUGACUUGAAGGAUGCCAUUAUCUACUUCUACCCCAACACGGUGAGCGUUGACAACCAGUGUGCGCUGGUGGGUAAACUGAUUGGGAUAUCAGAUUUCUUCUUUCAUUGUCUUCCACAAUCUACCCCCAAAGUCAUCAAACUUUUAUCGGAGAAGUUUGCCACACAACGUCAUGGAGAUUUCACCAUUGCCCUUGGUUGUGACUUGUUCAUCCCGGACGACUUCAUCACUCGCCAUUUUGAGUUUGUGUGGAAAGUGUUUGUUUUCUUCCAAGGCAGUUUGGAAGCUUUGAGGCAGCGAUGUAAGACUCCUCAAAGUUUUCCAGCUGAACUAGCGAAGGUAUGGGAGAUGUACCUACCCUUUUGUCAGGUCUACGGAGAUCUGGUGUCACAGGCGUUUCAGAUAUUGCCAGACGUUCAACUGUCAAAGAGCUACUGCAAGACGUUCCUCCAUGCUUCACACAUCCUGCAACGCUGUCACCGACAGAACGGGGUCAUAGGGGGAGCCCUGCUCUACAAGAGCAAAGUGUUGUCCACACAACUGUCCCCCGAUGUCACAAAGAGACUUCUCCUUCUCAAGCCUCAACAGAAUCAUCUGCCAUGCCAAGAAAUAAAACCUGAUUUCGAGUUACCGGGAGGUCUGCGUCUCCUGAGAGUCUUCCUGCCUUCACAGGAAUACAGCAGAAUGAGUGGGCGCAGACAGACCUCACUCAGGUCCAAACCCGGACCUUCCAGCAACAGACAAUUUCUGUUCCUUGACACAAAGGCUCUGAUGCCCUCCGAUCCUGCUUCUGUACCUUCUCUGCAAUGUCACAGUGCCUUUUCACCGGCACUACCGCCUCCGCUGAAAGAUAUAGUGCAGAGGAUUUUGAAUGGGGGAAAUACAGAUUUUGAUAGUGAACCAGAAUCUCUAGAAACAAAUAAAGUGAUAAAUACAAAAAUGAAAUCUCAAGAAAAUUCUCCUCACGUGAAACUUGAAGGGGAAAUAACUCUGCAUAAAUCGAGGGAAACAAGGGAGAUAACUCCCAAAGACGAUGGAUCACCUGGUGCACAAAAAGUUGUAAGUUGUUCAGAUUCAGAUGUCAAGACGGAAAAGGAUAGUGACAUCAAAAGAUUCAAUGGAAUCCGAAAGUCUUUCUCUGAGGAUGAAAGUGGUGCAAAUAAAGAUAUAGAUGACAAUUCUCGAGAUGGAAAAUCAACUGACGAUGGGCUGUUUUUGGAAGAUUCUGCUGUUGUCGGUUUUGAAGGUCAUGUUGUUGACAGUGACAAACCUGUUCAGGGAGCAGAUGUUAUUUCUGAUAGGUCUAGUGACAAAGAAGACUGUGCUUCUCAAAAAGAAACUAACAUCAGUGUCAGUGAAGAAGACACAAGCAAGGCAGCAUCUGAUAUAUCCCCUACAGCAUCUUCUGAAGAUCCAAAUCUAACCGAAGAAGACAGAAGUAAGGUUGAAACUGACUCUAGUAAUGUAGACUUCGUAAAUCAAAGUUCAGAGACUACCUCCAAAUCUGAAUCUGAAAUUGAAUCAUUUAAUGAAUUAGAUUCAGGACAUCAUUCAAGUGAUAGACAAGAAGAGUCGGAAAUCUCAGUGCAAACUGAAUUAGAUAGAGAUAAAGAAAAAGUGUCUGAACUUCAAAACAGUUCGAAACAGGAUUCCAUAUCGACUGGUUCACCUGACAUUAGCAAUGCUCCACACUUGGCACUUAGCUGUACAAGUGACGAGUACAUAGCGGAGGAUGGAGGUCAUGUGACAAGAACUGGUGUAAACCAGUCUGAACCAGCAGGAGUGACAGACUCCGAGAAUGAUGCAGUUACUCCACUUUCCUGUGAAGAUAAACCCUUUGGACGAAGCGGUGGAACGGUUUCGUCUGUGUCAGAUGAUGGCAUGUCUUCUCACAAGGAAACACUGGAGUUCACAGAUGACCAGAAUGUUUCUAUAACAGACCAAAAUACAGGGUGGCCAUGGAAGUCACCAUCCAUAUCUACAGAGGUAAAAAAUGUGAACUUUGUUGCCAGUUCGGAGAGUUAUGUGUCCUCCUCUUACUCGCCCAGCGAGGGUGAGACGAGCGGGAGCUGGAUGGCAGAGACUGAUGGACUGGUUGACCUUACCCUGUAUGUUCAAGGUCAUUCAGAAAUGUUACUGCUGCUGCUGCUAGAGAAGGGGGUCAAGUGUGACAAGCCGCUGGUUUCCGAGUUGUGGCGUGGUUCUCUGCCGCAUCUUGCUGAGCUGGACUAUGAAGUGAAGGAAAGCCUCGAGUCACACAGCUCAGAAGAGCGUGGCAUCGGCAGCUACAGCUUCCUCCGCUAUGACUCCUUCACGCGGAAUGUCUCAGGGAACGUGAUGGAGUCGGUGACCGGGGCGGCGCACGAGUUUGUGGGAACGUCCACCAAAAUACAUCACUACUUCCAACAGAAUCCAACCAUGGCAGACAUCUUGCUUAGAUCCCACACCGCCAGUGUGUAUGGCCAUCAGGCAGUGAGCCAUGAAACCUUCUUCCAACUGAAUGCACCACAGCGCCACUCUGGGGGCUAUCCACAGCCUAAAGACAUCGUGUUUACCCUGGACCAAGUAGCCACACAGAAACUACAGACUGACCACGACAUCACGCUGCUGUAGGUGCUGCCAC